GUCAAUAUUAAUUGAAUGUUGAAAUUGAAAGGUUGGAAAAUGUCAAAAUUUUAGUGUUCAUGUUUAUUUUAAAAUCGUCGAAAGAAUAGAAAAAAAAUAUGGAGGUAGAUGAGGAAAGUACUUUCUCAACUCGGUGGCUUCAGUUGUGUCCAUUUCGAGGCGUUAGCUCAAAGUCGACAAUCGUAGACGAGUCGGAGGAAUUUCCGGAACCAGUCGAUCCAUUCGGUCAUCUGGUGGAAGAGGACGAACCGUCAGACCAGAAGAAGUGUAGCUAUCUGAGACUAUACUUGGAUGAGUGUCGCAAGUAUGGCGUUACCCCGUUGGGGUACGUUUGUGGAAUACUGCUGAAGUUGGACGAGGGUAUUGAAGGGAUGAUGGAGGUCGAUUUGAAUCGCUUCGGUUGCAGUAAUCUUCAAGUGCAGAUAGUAUUGGACUGUCUGGCACAAGCUUGUCCGGAUCGGUUAACUGCAUUGAAUCUUGACCAUAAUUUGUUGAUGAACUGUGCACUGACUCUCAGUGUGGCAGGGUUUCUACAAGCAUCACGUAGUAUUAUCGAGCUAAGCUUAACAAAUUGCAGUUUAAGCGAUGUGGAGGCGGUGAAAGUGCUGGCGGAAGCAUUAUCGACUUCAAGUGUGCAGCGCCUAAAUCUAGCUAACUGUCAGCUAGGUGACGCCGGUGGAGCGGCCCUGUUCCGUGGGAUGACCCUUUCCGACAGCAUCCAGGUGAUCGAUGUCAGCUGGAAUCGAUUGGAACAUGAAGCUGGCUUCGCAGCCGGUCAGUUUCUUGCAGGGAAUACUACCCUGCAAGAGUUGAUCUUGAAAGGGAACCGACUUUAUUUGGAGAAGGAAUGCAUUGUACCCUUUCUGAAGGAGCUGACAAAGAAUGAGACUUUGAAGAAGCUGAACUUGGCUUGGAAUGCUUUGCAGGGAGCGUCCUUUGCGCAGGCCCUCUACAAGGCUUUGAAUGGAAGUGCGGUUGGGGUUAUAAAUUUGGAAAUGAACUGUUUUCGGUCGGAGGAAGCAAUGGCUUUACUUAAGGUGUUCCGCAAGUGCGAGACGCUUCGGGAGAUCUAUCUUGGUGGAAACUUUUUCGCCGUUGAUGAAAUUAAGGAACUUGUGAAAGCAUUCGCAAAGAACCCCGGACUAAAGGUGCUGUCCCUUGGCGAAUAUCAGUUCGUAUCGAAAGUGACUGCCCGGUUAUCGAAGCGUUUCAUGAAUCGUGAUACCUCAAAGCAAAUCACGUUUGGUGGCAUUCUGCUAGCUAAUCCCCCCGCUCCAGUUGACGUGCCGGAGAUGUUACUCGAUCGGUGCCGUUUUCUCGGUUUCAAACCUAAGAAGAAGAAACGAAAGAAGGAUUUGGGGCAUCUGAUGUUACAGCUACAGCAUCUAGACGAGCCACUUUUGACCAGGGAAGACUUUACUGCUGCUGUGAAAAAGUUCCGAAUAAAAUUGGACAAAAGUCUAAUGGGAUCACUGAUGGACGCGUUCGCUGAUCGCAAGCUAGUCGACAUCGGGGCAAUGGCUAGCAAGUAUCUAGAAAAAUACCCUACGGAACCACCUCCAGUGAAGCAGAAAAAGAAGAAGUCUAGUAAGGGCAGGAAAAAGAACGGGAAAUCAAAAAAGUUCUGAUCCGCGGCAAGCGCACCGGACUUCUGAGAUGAUAUCGGUGAGUAAAAAAUAGGUCACUACAGGCAUCGAGCGCUGAAACUUUGCCAUUUAGGGUUUGUGAGAUAUUUCCCAUACAAAAACAAUUAUGUAAUCCAGUGUGCCUGCUUAGAUAUCUUGAUUCGGAUAAAAACCUCUGCAGCAGUUUGUUUUCUUUCUGCUGACGCGCGCGGUGAAUAGCUGCUAACAUCUCAAUUUCGCGUAUCCUAUAUUGGACCCCAGCCAAGCACCAAAGACCCGCUAACCUGGCAGCAGCCGUCCCUCGCGGAUGGAUAUAAUAGGUUAAUUAAGCACCAUUAUUCCAAUAAACUUUUCUAUCCGCC